AUGGGGGGGCACAGGCUGCUGAUGCUGCUGUGCUGCUGGGGGUUCUGGUGGCUGACAGGAGUUCACUGUGAGGUGGACAUCAACGAGUGUGACAGCAAUCCAUGCCAGAAUGGUGCCACGUGUGAAGACUUUGCCAACUCCUACAGGUGUGUGUGCCCCGUCCCAGAGCCAGGCCAUGACCCCUGGGGUGGGAGGGACUGUGACGUCCGUCUGGAGGGCUGCAAACAGCACCAGUGCCAACAUAAAGCGGGUUGCAUCCCUAUGCUGACUGAUGACGAAGAACACAACUACACCUGCCUGUGUCCGCCUGGCUGGACUGGAGAACGCUGCAACACCUCCACCACUUUCUCCUUCAACUCAGAGGGCUACAUCCACAUGCAGCUGCCUGUUUCCAAAACCAGAACAAAGAGAGAGGCUAAAGACAGAAACCAAGGGCUCCACAUGCAUGUUCGAUUCAGGAGCACUCUGCCCGACAUGGUGCUGUACCACCGGGGCUCCACUGAGCGCUUCAUUUCUUUGGAGCUUGUUGGAGGCUCCCUUCAGGCCAGGGUGAAGUCAGGGAAGGUACUGCAAGUCAUUUACCCCGGCCCAGUCAAUGACGGGGAGUGGCACCAGGCCACUGUCACCAUGGAUGAGACGCUGGUCAUGGUUGUAAAAGGACCCGGCUGUGAGGAAGGGUGCCUGGUAAAAAAUGAGGUCUACAACCAUCUGAUGUUUGUCCAGCCCAGCUCCUUUCCACAGCUGUAUGUUGGAGGGGUGCCACAGGAAUAUUUAGCCUACAUGUCCAGUGGAGGGGCGUUCAUUGGCUGCAUGGAAGACUUUCAAGUUGAUCACAAGCUGCUUCUUCCUCAGGAUCUCAUUAGAGAGGAGAACCAGGGGUUGGAAAUAGGAUGCAGCAAAAAAGAUUGGUGUGAAGAUGACCCAUGCAUGCAGCGAGGGCAGUGUGUGGACAUGUGGGUCCGUCCCAGCUGUCAGUGUCAUCGCCCCUACUAUGGAGGAAGCUGUGACAAAGAAUAUCCCUCCUGGACCUUCAGUCAUGAGAACACCACCAGCUACGUCAGCUACAACAUCUCGGAAACCCAUGGAGAAAACUUCACCAUCUCCUUUUUGUUGCGCUCGCUCAAACACAAUGGUCUGCUCCUGCAGCUUCGUCGAGAAGGAAAGCCCUACCUGACACUUUAUCUGAAGGAGGGCACUGUUGCUAUAUACAGCCCUCACACCACCCUGCUCUCAGAGGCCAAGCUCGUCACUGACGGCAACAAUUAUUUAGUAGCUGUACAAGUACAGUAUGGCCAUGUGGUCUUCCCCAAAGCAGGGAAUCAUCGUGCCCUCGGGAACGUGAGUGUAGAGGCAGGGGAUGUGGCAUAUGUGGGGGGGCUCCCUGCAGGCAUGAGCCUGAAUGCCUGGGGUGGAAAUAUGAAGGGCUGCCUGCAGGACAUCCGGCUGGACCACAAGCAUCUGACCACUGAGGGUCUUCCAGAGGGGGUGGAGGUCUACCAGGCCAGCACAAUGGAGAACGUGCUGCCAGGAUGCCAAAGUGAUGACACAUGCAAG